AACAGUGAUUCAGUCAGGGGAAAGUAAGCGGGUCAUGAACGUCGAGUCUGAAUUAUACAUUUCAUAGCUCGGAAAACGUUUGUCUUUAAACGUCGCAUGAAUGUAAAUUUCGGACGGAGAGACCAACCAGGAAAUGGCUUCCUCUCUGCCUGCCUCUCUGUUCCUGCUGUCUGUGGUCUUCUGGGAGUUUGUCGCUGCUGCAGAUCCGGUCACAGUCAAAGCUAAAGUUGGAGGAGGCGUCAUUCUGCCAUGUAAAACUGCUGGGGACAAAGCUAUUGUACAGGCAGAGUGGAGCAGACCGGACCGGACAUUGGCGCCGGUUCUUCUCUACAAGAACAGGAAGGUGGAUCACCACCAGCUGGCUACUUAUAAGGGCCGCACGUCUCUGCUGAACGUACAGAAAGGAGACCUGUCUUUGGUGCUGAAGAGAGUGGUGAGCAGAGACGCCGGAAAGUAUGAGUGCCGAGUUAAGCUGGGAGAGAGCCUGCCAGAUCUAGAAGAAGAAGAAGAAGAAGAAGAAGGAAACAGGAGGAGUCAUAUCCCUGAUAGGCCGCGCAAGAGGAAGGGUUCUGAAGAGUGACCCAAUCAGCAUUGUUAUCCUGACAGUGGAAGAACAGAUCUACAUCAAAGCUACAACCGGACUGGAUGUCACUCUGCCCUGCAGAGUCCCUGCCAAUAACCCCAUCCAGGUCGUAGAGUGGAGCAGAGCCGGCCUGGGGUCAAAAUUUGUGCUCCUGUUCAAAGACGGGAUGAUGGAUAAAGAUCAGCAGCAUCCGUCUUUUAAGGACCGGGUGGAACUGUUGGACUCCAACAUGAAGGGUGGAGACGUGUCUAUAGUUCUGAAGAAAGUUCACGCCCGCGAUUCGGGACAAUUUGAGUGUCGAGUCAUUCAGAUGGCCCCUGCAAACGAACUCAGGCGGAAUGUCUACCUGUAUAUAGCUCCGCUCCCUGUGCCAGAACAGGCCAACAUCAAAGUUACAACUGGACUGGAUGUCACUCUGCCCUGCAGUGACCCUGACUAUAACCCCAUCCAGGUCGUACAGUGGAGCAGACCCAGCCUGGGGCCAAAAUUUGUGCUCCUGUUCAAAGACGGGAUGAUAGAUGAAGAUGAGCAGCAUCCAUCUUUUAAGGGCCGGGUGGAACUGUUGGAUUUCGACAUGAAGGACGGAGACGUGUCUAUGAUUCUGAAGAAAGUUCAGACCAGCGAUGCGGGAAUAUUUGAGUGUCGAGUCAUUCAGAUGGCCCACGGGGAGGAGCUCAGGAGGAGGGUCUAUCUGGAUGUAGUAGAGCCGUUUCCUGCCUGGGUCAUCGUUGUGGCGGUUCUGCUCAGUUUGUGUCUGACUGUUUCCUCUGUCCUGGUGUAUAAGAACAGACACCACUUCACCCCAGCCUCGUGGGGCCAGGAAGAGGAUGAAGACGAUGAAUCCGAUGAAUAUGGUGAAUAUGAUGAAUAUGAUGACAUGAAGAUGGACUCACAUGAUUAACAUCAUAAACAUUUCUGGACUCAUCGAGUUUCUUCUUCUUUAAA